CUUCCCCGCACUAGUGUGUCUCCAGCAUCGGUGGUGUGAGUGUGUAUCCAUUUAAUAUUUUCGAGGAUCUGUGCUGAUACAGAGUGUGAGGCUACCUGGCGUGUGGUGCAGUGCUGGAGAGUUCGUGGGAAGAGUGUGUUUGGUUCUGUGGGUGACUAAACUAUCCCAGCCCACCCAACCCACCUACCCACCCAGCAGCCACGCCCUCUCUGUCUCUCUCACUCUCACUACAUUGGUGACGUGAGACCUACAUACCUACCUGGCCAGUUCAUACCUUCAGCCUGAGGCACACCUGUUAUGGUUCUCGUCAGGCAAGGGAGGGAAGCCUUGGCACAGGAUGAGGUAGAACUUUUGACAAAAUGAAGAAAGUUUGAGACAUUGGUGAAGUUCUGAGACAAACGGUGAAGUUCUCAGACGGGGUGAGACAAGGUGAAGAUUUAAUUAAGACAGAGUAAAUUGGGGAAGACAGACUGACAGAUAGAUAGACAGUCACGUCAUGUCCUGGUUAACCGUGUGUGGGAACAAGUGCUUGCGUCCAGUGUGACCCCAAUCCUCCCUCUCAUCCCUCCUCCCCCCCUGUAGCAUCCAUGGCGAGUUUAUCGUGCACACUCCACCUAGACCACAACUCCAUAAUGAGUUCACAAUGUUGUAACAGCGGCACACCAUUAAAAAGCUGCGUCGAAACUAUACCAGAAAGUUCCUAGGAAAUAAUUGUUAAAGAUUUUUCACAGUUAGAAAUAUUGCUCCCCCUCCUCCUUCCUCCCUCAUCAGUCUCCCCACCCCCUCUCUCUCUCACUACCGUCCCAAGUGUUGGUGGAGAUAAACAGCUCUGAGACACCCACUUGUUAGUUGCACACGAGUGUUGAGUGAGUCUGAGGGAGGACAUACGUGGCGCCGCCUUCACGUCUGGCUUUACUUACGUCCUCCGUCAACCGAGUCGUGGUGUUCUCAGAAGGCGUCGUCACGGUUUCUAUAACGAAGGCAAGGACACGAGGAAUAACCGACCAUUAGUCAUAAGAUUCACUACUGACGCAGGAAUACCGAGAAAUACCUCUGGCAGAUCCACCGAACAAAUUAAUACCUCAGGACCUUCGCUCAUGAUCAACAGACAGCGAUCAGCACCCGCAAGAACCUUCACGAGCCUCUCCUGACAGGGCAACAACCUUCAUAACCUUUGCAGCACUGGGCAACAGCUUCUCGUCGAAACAACAACCCUCACAGCUGUCGAAGGAUCCCCUCAAGUCUAACUAACCGGUUCACACUGCAACACUCCACCACCUAGUAUUACCUGAAGGAAUCGUCCCUCUCAGAUACUUAAUCCUACUCUGAAAGUCCUUCAAGACGAGGAUAUCCCCACAACAGCGGCGUGAUGACGGACAAAGGCGUAACAAUCGAGAGGUCUCCCUCGGGGCUGGGGAUGGGUGUGUUCUCCCCACACCUGGGCGGGGGCGGCGGGUCGACCUGGGAGCAGCAGCAGAGCACCAUCAUCACCAAGCUGGCCCAGACUCCCUCCUCCACCCGCAUCAACCUCCCAGACAACAACUUCGACAAGGAGAGACGAAACCGCCGGACUGACGAGAAGAACAAUGUUAACCGUAGUUGUGGGUGUGGUGGCUGGGCGCGGGUGGUACAGCUGGAACACGACUUGGCCGAGUUGACUGUGACCCACCAAAACCUGCUGGCUGGCCUACACCUACAAGUGGACACCCUCAAGCAGAAGAACAGAGACCUGACCUUCCAGCUGCUGAUGGGCCCCACUGCCUCUCAGGUCAAGCCAGAAUUCCCUUUCAGCCCUGAGAGUGAUGAGGCGACAUCUCCUAAGAGUGAGUUGCCAUCAAAACUAGAGAAAAACAAACUGAGAGGCAAUACAGCAGCCACCGCCGCCCCCAAGAACGACGCCCUCACCACCACCACCACCACCAUCGGCACCAACACUACCUCCAACACUACCGCCUCCACCACCACCAACAAUGACACCACCGUCAAGGUACCGCUGAGCCUGCAAUCCCCCCCUGGCGGUCUAACUAAUGGCGACAUCGUGAUCAGACGCUCGCUAAAAGGUCGUUCAGGCCGUGGUGACCCCAGGCUGGUCCGCUCCUUAGACCUGGAACUUCUGGAGGAGGAAGCCCAUCACACCCGGAGGCUCCUGGAGGAGGAGAGAGCCAAGAACAAGUACCUGACCACACUCAUCGAAGACCUUAAAAAGCAAGUACGGGAAGCUGCGAGUGAGUCCUCUGGCCUUGCACACCAUAACAACAGGAUAGGCGUUCCUCCCAUUCUGCCCCCGCCUCGCCCCCCACCACGCCCACCUCCACGCACCACCAUUCCCGAAGCUGAUCAACCCCCCCGCGCCUCCCUCCACACCUCCCCGCACGCCAGACAAGUAACCCAGCGAGACACCUCCCCGCGGUCCCAGCAUAUGGACCGGUUACUGGGCGCUGCUUCACCGGUACAGAGACGCGCAGCCGACGUAGGUAGGACCCAAGUGGACCGGGAACCUCGCUUUCCACCACUUCGUCAGCAAUACCAACAGCAACCACCCCCACAGGAGAAAGGUGGGCGGCAACUUGGACGCAACCCAGCCAGUCCACCCGCAACCCGACGAUUUCUUGACAGGUCGAGUGAACGCGAUGGCGGCACCACCUUUCCAGCCAUUCCCGUUGCACGCCCGGAACAGCAACAGCACGAGCAGCAGCAACAGCAGCAGCAGCAAAAUCGGGGCCGAGGGAGGUACUUCGGGCGAGGACGUACAAGAAAUCGUCAACAACAGCAACAAGGUCAGGAGACUAGUGAGUCAGAGUCUGGUCAGCAGCAGACACGGGGGUCAGGGCGGCCCCAACCACCCCGCGAUGAUUCCAGAGGGCGGCGGGACCCGGUCAGGACGCCCACAUCACCGAGGGACACGUCACAGGGGCCCCGAGGCGGCAGACAUGGACGAGAUGGGUCGGUGGGCGCCGUGUCUUCGUCACAAGCCGAGCUCAAGCGAGGGGCAACCGGCCAAGACCAAGAACCCCGACCUGAGACGCGCAGUAAGGGGCGUGGACGUGCACACCGACGUGGUGGACGAGGACGACCACGCAAAGAGAAACACAACACUCCACACGAGCAGCCCGAGAGCGAGCAGUAACGGCUUGGGGCUCCUACCUACCUACCUGCCAACACAACCUCAGCUAUGCAUAAUGUAGACAGCUUCUCUAUCCAGAUUAGUUGUGACGCUGUGGUGAGCCUGUGGUGAUGGACCCAGCACCACCACAGGCUCGGCUGCUCUUCUUAUAAACACUCACUACCGGCUAUUAGCUUCUUAAAUAUCCGACAUAAUGAUAUUUGACUUCUGAGGGUGAAGGAUCCUGUGUGCAAGAAGUUGACCGAGGAGGACUGUUGAGCCUCAUACUAGUGCCAUCUUACGCGCGAACGAGGAACACUCACCCGAUUGUUUAUUAUAUAUUCGUGUGGCAGACAAUCUCUAAUGGUCUCACUCUGCACUCGUGUGUAGUUUGAAUUGUGAUGUAGAGAGCAAAACUUUAAAUUAAACUGUAUUAUGGUCAA